UGCGGUGGGCCGUCGGUUUCCUCCCGAUGUGGCAGGCACUCGGCCGCGGCGCCGUUCCUCGCCAACCUCCGCCGCCUCCUCGGCGCCCCAAUCUCCGUCGCCAACGUCACCACCUUCGCCACCGGGCUCCUCGUGCGCUCUCCAUGGACUGAAGGUGAAUCUACGGAGAAAUCACAAGCUAUUCGAACGACCUAUUUGUGCCAUUCAUGAAGUCAAAGAUGGAUAUCUCGAAGGUAUGCAGAAGAAAGUUGCGGAAGCUAGACCGGUCAGAGAAAGGAAAUAGAGGGAAUAAGUGUGUGUUGAAGACUUGUCUAAAUGAAUAAAAUACGAUUAUACAAGAGUAAGAGGAGCAGCCAAUUGGGGAGGUCAUUAUGUACUCCAAAUUUUUAGGCAAGACAAAGCAAUCAAAUUUUAGAGGGGCUCAUUUAAGACUUAAUCGAAUGAUUACCCAACAGGUAAAAAGACCAACUUGGCCUUGUAAUGUAAAUAACCUCUUGGUGACAUUUGAUUGCUUGUUGUAAUGGCUGCAUAUACAUUAUGUUUUCAUCGUGACGACAGAGAUGGCACAACUACCUGGAUUAAAUAUUUAUGUUUUUAUGAUUAAUUAACGACUACUGUUCGAGCACCUAGCUUUGGGUAUUCACACUAUGAAUAUAUACAGUGUUUGACCUAACCAUUAAUUUUUGUCAGAUUUUCUCGAUAACGACUCUCCCACUUAUUAGCAUGUUUUGAUGGGGUAAGAAAAUCUUUGUGACAAACAAUUACUCCAUCAGCUAAAAUGUGAUUUAUGCAUGUGAUACAAAAAAAAACAAUUUUAUAUAAGUAUUCAUGAAUUUGAAUCUAAUACCAUCACACAUUGAUCUAUGCAUGCAUCAUAGAUUGCAUGUUAAUAAUGUACUCCUUUGAUUCAGUUUCUUCUUAUAUAUGGCAUGCAUAUAUAAUUUGAUUGGUUAAAACAAGCCUUUGAGUCUUUGACCAACAAAAUAGCACAUUAUUAUGCAAUUUACAUAGAAUUGAUGUAAUUCGUUUUGUAUUAUUUACUUACAAUUACGAUUUUAUAGACUAACUUAGGCUGGCAUUUGAUGACCGGAUCGCCCUGUACAUAACAUUAUUUUCUGUAUUCCUGCUUAAGUAAUGAACGUAGCGCUGCUACAUUUUGUCAACAAAAAAACACAUACUAAAUUGUUGGCAACAUUUUCCUCAAUCAAUACAACUACGUAAGGCUUAUAAAAUAAAAAUAGUGGGAGUAGUUGUUAGCUCAAGACCUUCAACAAAUCAAGAGAUGCUCGAGCUGUAAAAUAUAUAGGCGAGUGUAUGCAUAGUCAACUGUUCAGGUCAUUCUUUGUUCCUGUUUGGUAGAUGAGCAUUGGCCGGCAAUCGAGUUGUGGCCCACACCGAAAGCUAUAUAUGUCCACAACUGAACUAGCUCUUCUAUAUAUAUUCCGUUAACCCAAGCACGCAUAUGCAAGUGAAAAUACGUUGAGCAGCUAAGCAUCAAUUUGUUGCCUGUUGGACCAAUAAUGUCAGCCUCACUAUUCUUCUUCGUGCACGCUCUGCUGCUGCUGCUGCUGCUGAGGGUAGCCACCGGCACUGAGAGCCUCACCAUGACUCCUGCUGGCUGCGAGACGACUUGCGGCGGCAUGGACAUCCCCUACCCUUUUGGUAUCGGCACAGGCUGCUCCCGCAAGGGUUUCGAGAUCAACUGUGUCAACAACAAUUUCCCUGUGCUCGCCGGCACAUCCCUUCGGGUGGUGCACCUGUCCGUGGAUCCAGCUGAGUCGCAGGUGAUGCUCCCCGUUGGGUGGCAGUGCUUUAACGCCUCUGAUCCAUCCACUAUAGAGGACUGGAGAGAUGGCGAGAUGGAGAUGAACAAGGACGGCGCGUACCGCAUCUCCAACACGCAGAACAAGCUAUUCGUCCUCGGUUGCAACACCAUGGGCUAUAGGGAAAACAAGAGAGCCGAAGGUGGAAGUUUUGACUCCAACAAUCACUACACCGGCUGCAUGUCAUACUGCAACGACGACAAGAGCGCGCAGGACGGACUGUGCGCCGGCGCCGGCUGCUGCCAUGUUGACAUCCCGCCGGGGCUCACCAACAACGAAUUCAACUUCCGGAUGUACGACCACUCCACCAUGAUGGACUACAGCCCAUGCGACUACGCCUUCCUUGUUGGCAGGACCAACUACACCUUCCAACGCUCCGACCUCUUCAUGGACAAAAACCGGACCAUGCCGGUGUUUCUGGACUGGGCCAUCCGCGACAAUGGCUCCAGUGCCAUACUGUCCUGUGCCGACGCUGCCAAGGCGGAUCAGUACGCCUGCGUGAGCACUCGCAGCAGUUGCUUCAACGCAAAAAAUGGUCCUGGCUACAAUUGCAAGUGCUCCAAAGGCCACCAGGGAAACCCCUACAUUGUCGACGGAUGCACCAAUAUCGAUGAAUGUGCAGAUAAAGUGAAAUAUCCUUGCUAUGGUGUAUGCGAGGAUACCCAGGGAUCUUACAAAUGCACUUGUCAACCAGGUUAUCGGAGCAAUGACCCGAGAACGGAACAUUGUACUCCAAAGUUCCCACUUGGAGCACAAAUUUCCACAGGUGCAAUAGGUGGCAUUCUGGUCUUAGUGUUUCUGUCAUUCAUAUAUGUUGUUCGCAAAGAACAAAGGAAGACAAAAGAUUUUUAUGAUAAGAACGGCGGUCCUACGUUAGAGAACGCGAGAAAUAUAAAGCUUUUUAAAAAGGAUGAUCUCAAGCGAAUUUUGAAGCGUAGCAAUUUAGUUGGAAAAGGUGGCUUUGGAGAAGUUUACAAGGGUAUAGUUGAUGACGUGCAUGUAGCAGUAAAGAAACCGAUCCAUGGCAGUGUGUUAGCGAGUGAACAGUUUGCAAAUGAAGUCAUCAUCCAGUCUCAAGUCAUCCACAAGAACAUUGUUAGGCUCAUAGGUUGUUGCCUAGAAGUGGAUGCACCCAUGCUUGUUUACGAGUUUGUCUCCAAAGGAAGCCUUGACGACAUUCUUCAUAAAGUUGAUAACAAGGAGCCUCUCAGCUUGGAUGUGCGCGUAAAUAUUGCCACGGAAUCAGCGCGUGGUCUAUCUUAUAUGCAUGCAGAAGCCCAUACAAAAAUCCUUCAUGGUGAUGUUAAACCAGCAAAUAUACUCUUGGAUGAUAAAUUUCUACCGAAGAUCUCUGACUUUGGCAUAUCAAGGCUAAUUGCGAGAGAAAACCAACACACCGGGAACAUCAUUGGUGACAUGAGUUAUAUGGAUCCAGUAUACCUACAAAAAGGUCUACUGACCGAAAAGAGUGAUGUCUACAGUUUUGGAGUUGUGAUCUUAGAGCUCAUUACCAGGCAGAAGGCCAGUUAUUCUGACAAUAAUAGCUUAGUGAGGAAUUUCCUUGAAGUUUACGAAAAGGAGAAGAAAGCAACAGAGUUGUUUGACAAAGAAAUUGCAGUAGAAGGAGAUUUUGAGCUUCUUGAUAGUCUGGCAGGGCUAUCUGUGGAAUGUCUUAACCUUGAUGUGAAUCAAAGACCAACCAUGGCAGAUGUGGCAGAGCGCCUUCUCAUACUGAAUCGAACCCGUAGGCCAUAAGUAUUUUUCAUUGAGGUGACGCAAACAUAUUAGUGUGCUCAGCAUGUGUGUAUUGCCAAGUAAAAUACGCAACUAUUGGCAGGUUUACUUGUAAUAUUGUGAACAAAAUGCUUGAAAUGGAACAAGCUUUGCAUAGUAAGUUUGUAACCCUCUUUUGUGGAGAAGGCUGCAUUGUGAAGGCUAAAAAAAGCAUAUAUCCACCCUUCGGUUGUCAGAAUUAAGGGACUGUCUAAUUCCUGGUCGAUGUAAAAGGGCGUAACGUUGGUCUCUAAUAUGUAUUUUUGUGUUGUAUGUGCUUUCGUGUAAGACUUUGCUGGCCUAUAUUGCUUUGCUUCCCAACUGGGCUUUAUCAAUUGAUUUUUAUUUA